CUAGUGCUAAAUACAUCGAGGCCAGGACACGCGACCCGAGAAAGCGUCGAUUCAACCAAACAAAAACCAAGUGCCAAGUGCCGUGUGAAGAGGCCACAACCAACUAACUAACUAACUGCCUCCAGAAACUGUGCGAUUCAAACUAAGCCAAAAAUAAAUAUUAAAAGUUGCCAGUGCAUCAGUGCCCGGGAAAAGGACUUAAUGCAAACAGCAGGCGAAGUGAAUAAACCAUAAACAAAACCCCCGAAAAUAAACCAAAAGCAAGGCAAAAGCGAAAUUUAAGCGUCUGUGCAUAUUAAUCAGAACGAAAAACGUGAACAGGAUCAAGUCCUAGACAACUUAUCACAGGGGAUUUACGCAGACAGACAAACGCAGGACACGAAUGCGAGUGUAGAGCAAAAGGCAGCGCUAAUCAACGACCAAACCAGACGACAUCCUUACCGACUGGCCACGCCCACAACUCCCCCUCGAGUAGGAGAAAAAAGGCCACCAGGAGCUUGAGAGGAGAAGAGCAGGAGCCGCCUCAUUUGGCCACUGCGGAUUAUGUUAAUUAGAUUUUAAGCACGCGAUGACAACAACGCCGGGGGAGCACUUGGCAUUGUAAUGUGACAACAGUUGGCUAAGGACAACAAGACCAUACCAAAAGCGGGCCAUCAGGAGUAGCUGGAAUGCUCGCUUUUUAAUUGACAUUUGCUCGAGUUGAGUUGCGUUUUGUUCAACAGCAAUUAGCAUCGUGAAAAAAAAAUAAAUUAAAACAGAAAAAACGCACAGCAAAACACAAAGCAGCGCAAUUAAAAUUGUAAAACAAUUGCAGAACGCUGAAUUGAAAAGGGGAAACAAUAACAGACGACGACGACCCGGAAUAGAAUGAUCAAGUUGAUUUAAUUAAAAAUUCAGCAUCACCCCCAGCAUCCGUGUGCAAUGGCAUUUGAGCACGCUGCUUGAGCAAUGGCCGCCGGACCGGAAACGCAGCCAUUGCCCUCGGGCAACAUCCGCCUCUGACUGCCGCCGACACUUGUCACAUGUUUGGCCAAAAAGGCGCGCACGUGACGCCCCCGGAAAACCAGAUGAACGAACGGAUGAACGAGGAAAUGAAUGAGCUAGCAGCCAUAUUCAAAAUUGAACGUUAAACGUUCGCACGUACCGCGCAUAAAUUCCAAGUGAAAUAAAAGAGCCAACACAAAAAAAAAAAAAACAAAAAAUAACCAAAACGAAACGAAACGAAACGAGGACCUCCCCAUUUACACCACCAAUUCAAAAAAGAAAGGUUGAAAGUGGGUCGCAAAAUGGUGAAAAUCGUGAACCAACACUGUGAUCUAGGCCUGGCCCUCCUCUUGGUCUGGACGUGGCUAACAAGGCUGGUGGUGGCGACCCAUCUGGUCGACAUCCCCACCUCAUCACGCCUGGCCGCCGAACGGGAGGAGCUGCAGCUAUCCCGGCAGGACGUGGGACGGCUCAGCUACCAGAGUAUCCAUCGCAUGCUGAGGGACGAAAACGAACCGGCCAGCUUUAGGGGGGAAUUGCGAUACCAACAGAAACGCCACAAAAGGGAGCUGGAGCUCAAUGCUCCGGCAAACAAGCUGAAUCUCACCCACCGCGACUUAAAAACAUUCAAUAGCACUGGUGGUCAGUGGAAGGGCGACUUUCAGGUCAUCACCGCCAUGGAUCUGAGCAGCAAUCAACUGGAGAACGUCAGCUUGGACAACUUCAAUCAACUAAGGCAGCUGGACUUGGGCAAUAACUCCCUGGAGGUUAUACCCCUGAGUUUGGUCGACAACAAUAAGUCACUACCCCUUGUAACGCUCGAUCUAUCCUGCAACGAAUUCAGACAAAUUUCUACGAACUUUUUUGCCCAGCGAUUGCCUCAGUUGAAACAUCUGAACUUGGCUCACAAUGAGUUGGUAAACAUUUCGCGGGAAUCCUUCUACAAUUUGUUGGAACUACAAACGUUAAUUCUCAGUCACAACAACAUCUCGGAUAUAGACUACGAAACAUUUUUGGCACUACCGAAUCUGCAAUAUCUGGAUUUAUCCCAUAACCGCUUGAGCGGAUCCGCUAUCAGAGCUCUGCAGGGAAUUCCGGAUUUGGUCAGCCUUUCAAUCGCUUACAAUCCAGAAGUGGGAGUGGCGAUGCAGGAGUUCGUCGCAUCCUGGAGCCUCAAGGAGUUGGAUGCCAGUGGCACUGGAUUGUGCCAGGUGCCUGCAGCUCUAGCCCAAUCCGUGAGGACUCUCAAGUUGUCCGACAAUUGGCUCAAGGCAAUUAAUUGCGGCGACAUGGACAGCUACCCACUGCUGCAGUACCUUGAUCUCUCGCAUUCCCGCAUUGCCCAAGUGGAGGACGAUGCCCUGGGACGACUGGAGCUCCUCGAGUCCCUUUUCCUCGACCACAAUCUUCUAAUGCGAGUGCCCAGCAGCCUGCCGCCAUCGCUGGAACACCUAUUUCUGCAGCACAAUCAGAUAAUGGAGCUUCCGCCUCAGGCUUUUGUGGGAUUGGUCAAUCUGCAGACUCUGGACUUAUCCAGCAAUCGAUUGAUCUUCCUGCCCCCGCUUUCGCUGCCCAAAUUGCUCACCCUGAAUCUGCAAUCGUCAGGGGUGGAGAGCGUUAGCCAAUCGAUAGUGCACACACUGCCACAGUUAAGGGAUCUUUUACUAGAGGACAACCCCAUUAAGUGCAGCGAUUUGCUGGGCAUUGCCGAAUGGGCCAGUCCUUGCAGGUCAGUGGAUGUGGGUCAAUCGAGUGGGGCAAGUGUGAGUGGGCGGGUGGACUUGAAGACGGAGUAUCUGCAGUUCCACAAUUUUUACGUAAACUUCAGUAGCCGAGGGUGUGUCAUAAGAAAACCGGAAAAUGACACAAAGCUGCCUUCUUGCAGCCUGACAAGGGCAGCAGCAGCAUCAACAACAACACCCGGAAGUAUGUCAAAAGUUAAAAAGUCAAAAGAAACACAAGCACCAGCAACAUCAGUGGAAGUAGCGGAGGCAACAGCAGCAAUAUCAGAAAAAACAGACACCCAAGCAACAUCAGCUGCAGCAGCAGAUACAGCAGAGCAGUCGACUGCAGCAGCAACAACAGCGGAAAAAGAAGCAAUCCCAACAGCAACAUCAAGCGACACCACAGCAACACCAGCACUCGCAGCAGCAGCAGCAGCAGCAGCAGCAGCAAUGCAAUCAGCUGGCAACAGCCUUGCCCAGUUAACCACAAAAACGUUGCGGCCAACAGAAACAACUUCGUUAGCGCAACUGCAGCGUCGGCAACAAAUGCCUGGCAUGCCGGCCAAAACAACAGAAACGCCAGCAAAGAACCUGCCAAGUUUAGCCCAGACAAUGGCAACAACAGCGCUUCCCAUUUUGGCAACACGAGAUGCCGACACGGCAACAACAGAAAUAAAUUCCGACAAGCCAACGAACAUUAGCGGUGCCACAAAAACAGCAGCAACAUCAGCUGCUGAAAUACCAACAACACCAGCAAUUGAAGUGCCACAAACCAUUUUGGCCGGCAAAAAAUCUGACAAAAUGCCAGCCGAUAAGGCACAGGAGACUUUAUUAAAAUACCCAACAAGGGACACAUCCGGUCAAGUUGCAACACCGCCACACAAACAUGCAACACUGCAGCUGCACGUUAAGGAUCGACAUCUAAUUGGCACACCGCUGCUGAUGCACAAGGGCGAUGUCCUCCUGGUGGACGCCGAGCAGUUGUUGCUCCCUGGUACGGCCACCGUGGCGGAUGCGGAUGCGGAUUCGGAAGUUCUGGACUCGAGCCAACAACAUCAGUCAGCGGAGCAGGAAAAGCACCAGCCAGCGACUGAUAAGCGACAAGCGGAUGCAAUAAACGGCGACACAAAGUCGCCGAAAAGCCACAAGAAGAAACCAUCGCUGAGCAUUAAGAAGAUGACCUACACUACCAAACAUGUGGCAAAAGCCGCGGAGGACAUGGCAGCCACCGCGAAGACAUCGCAACAUCAACAUAGCAGUGUGAACACACCCAAGGAGUCUACUCCCGAGGAGCUGAGCACCUUUGCCCAGCUAAAAGCCUUCGUAGAGCUAAAGAGCGAAUCGAAACCGGAACACCUAAUGGACCAGCGAGAGGAAAACCAUCACAAUCUCACAGGAAAUCAUCCCGGGGUUAUGCUUCUGGUAGCCUGCGUUUUGUUCAUCGUGCUGCUAGCCGGUCUGGCCCACGUCUAUCGCUGUGAAUUGCCCUGGCAGAGGAGCAGCCGCUCCGGACAAUCGCGACCGCAUCAUCAAAGGCAUCUGAACGAAACGGAUGAUGCGCACAGCUUCCUGCACUAUCAGGGAUCUGUGAACUCCAAUGGGGGAGAUCCGGCUCGCCUGCAAAAGUGGCACCACAGCACGCGGCGAGAAGCUCCCUACAGCUCCCCGCUGCACAAUCUACAAGCGCGCGAACUGCAACAGCAGCGCUGCCAGCAAUUCUACAGCUCCUCGCUGGCGGACAAGAGCUCCUCCACCUCGUCAUCCUCGUCGGGAAGCAGUCGCAGCAGCCUGCACUCGCCCAGCAGAGACGACAGCUACUACAUAGAGAUGGCGCCCAGUAGUCCACCAGCAGCCCACCUGCCCAGUUUGCCCAUGGAACUCUUGGGCAGCAGGAGCAAUGUCCUCGGUUGCCGGGUGGACCGAGUGGCUGCCACCGAUCUGGGCGGUACGACAGAGGCGGUACCUUCCUCGGCGGCGACCAUCAAGUCGGUCAGCAGCAGACUGAUGACGCCCAGUUCGCGGAGGCUGAACAUCUGGUGACAAACCGUCUUUGGUCAGCGACAGUACGCGCCCUUUCAGUAGAGUAAAAAGUAGGAAUGAUGGAGUUCGAACGACAAUCGCCAGCUGCCAACUUAUCCAGAAGGCUCAGAAAAUCCCGGGCUAAAAGGGAAAUUAUUGAAAUUCUUUAGAAUAUCAUUAGACUAUUUCUUUCUAAUUAUUUAGUUUUUGAAUAAUUCAGCAAUUUAAAUAGUUUCGAGAUCAAUCUCCUCAGUUCACUGCAUUCUAUAUCAAAUUUAUAAUGACAGUUUAGGGAAGCCCUAGAAUAUCUAAUUAUCUUCUUGAAAAAAUGCACUAAGUACACCAGUUAACAACUUUAGGAAGUCGUUAUACUUUAAAGUGCUUGGCAACGCCAUGUGUCGAAUUGUCGAAUUUUUCCAGCUCGAUACUCAAAAAAGAGAUAAAGGUUAAAAAUAAAACUCGCAAGGAAACCAAACUGGGACUACGAUUGCAAAGGGAAAACAUAAAUGCCAGCAGCUUUAUAUAUUAUUUUCAGUUGGCUCCCGGCUUGAUUUAUGAUGCCUGAGUGCCCACACAUCGCAGACCUCUUAGCGAUUCGGUUAGCAGCAACAAUUUGUCAUAAAUUCCUGUUACGUAUACGCCGCGUAGUCCAGGACAACUAAGGAGCUCAAAAGAGGCGAGGGGCGUAGACAAGCGACCAAGUCAAAUGGCCAAAGAGCCAACGCCAGCAAAGUUUUUACGAGCCAGCCGAAGAAGACGAUGUCCAUCUUGUGGUCGUAUUUGGGUCAGUUUACUGGCCAGGACCACCGUGUGCGGCCCAGUUAACUUUAUAUAAGUGCCUGUCCGCCUGCCAAGAUUAAGUGUUUCGAUAGUCAUGCAUAUAAAAAUGAAAUAUCGAUCAAGUAUUAAAUAACAAUUUAGUUUAUGACAGACCCAAUUCAGUAAUCAGAAGUUGAGGCAGCGCAUGCUGAGCCAGGCGAUUUAAUCGAGGAAUAUUGGUUUGUAGUAAAUUGGAUAUGGUAGUUGGAAUAUAAUGCCAUCCAAAUUGGAAAAUUAGGUGUGACUCGCCAACAUAGUAGUGGAAAAAAUAAUAGCUUGCUGAGCAUUGUGUUUUGGUCCGUCCUAAAUGUAAUACUUAAUUUGAUAUGGUGCACCACUUUCGAAUUUCCAACAUUCAAUCCGGGUCCUUCCUACUCUUGUUGUCCUUUGAGCCAUGAUGCCUUUCCGCGUUCGAUACUUUGGCAGAUCUUAACCUACUUUCACAGCUGCUUCAGAUACGAGAGUUUAAAUUGCAAUCUAAUUAAAGUUUUGCCUCAGUGCCUCUCGCAAUUCCCACCCACCCUUUGGAUGCUAGAAGUGUUUGCUAUCUGCACUGGCAUCUAGCAUUCUUCACCCCAUUUGAAGAUGCUGGGCAAAACGGCCACAAAACACCCUCUUCCUUGAGAAUCAACCCGCACUUAACCUCAUUUUACAAAUUGCCCAACACAACAUAUGGUGUAAAUCCAGCCAAAUGGCCAGACAUCUAAUCCGCCACGCCAAAAGUGAAAUGUUGUAAAACUAUUUGGGGGCUAUACGUACAUGUAUCUAACGGACAUCAAAAUAAUGUGGCUGCAAAUCAAAUUACAAGACACGCGGCUGGCUCUGCGGGGGUGGAAAAAUGGUCAGGGGAAUGGCCAAGAGAACGUCCCACGGACAUAGAACACAACAAUUACAUUAAGACACGAUAAAAAGUUGUGCAACAAUCUUGCAGCCCCAACCACCACCAAACUAAACCAACUACGCCGAACUGAGCUGAAGAUGGUACCAUCUCCUCCGAAGGGCAAACCACAGUCAUUGCACAGCUUUUUCAACUUUUUGCGGCUUUGUAAUUGGAAUACAAGAAGGAGGCGCGUGCACACAAGCGGCAGCAACAGGAAACAGUCGGAGAAAGUGAAAUACACAGUUAGAAUCGAGUUAGAAAGCACUCGGAAAAAUAAUCGCAACUUAUGGUCACACGAGUACCGGCAAGAAUGGCACUCCAGGCGAAUGGGAAGCAGACUUUAACUUCAAAUAUUUGUCAGCUAUAUUGUUUGUUACACUUUAAGCGGUUAUGUUUGUUCUAGUGAAGAUGAGCUUAUAUGAGAAACCAGGUGGCGGUUACAAUAGUAUCAAACUAAAGUUUAGACUUUUAAAGUGUCUUAACAGACAUUCCUUAAUAUCAUUUUUAGGGAUUCAAGUACAUAAGAAGUUUGCAUUUGGAAAACUUAUUUGCCUACUACCUUAUCUUAUGGAAGAAUUUAAGAGAACGGUAGCAUAUUUUCGCCAAGUGCAGAUAGAUACAACUUCCUUGGAAUGGCAGAGAAUUCAAGGAGGCGUUCAAGCAGAGUCCGCUUAAGCAAUUCAGAAGGAUUUAUUUUCGGCCACAAAAGCGAAAUGCCCGACAAAGCGCUCCUAACAACAAUUAAAGUAAUGCUGACCAACAACCCUAUACGACCGAUUGGGUGGGAUUAGAUGGCGGGGAGUCCUUUUCGGUCCAGUCGAGUGGACGAGUGGACGAGUGAAGUGGAGUGGCGUACGAUGCCAGGACGCACAAAAUCUUAAUUAAGGAACUUCCAAGUGGGCAAGUGUCGAACGGCAGGGAAUGAGGGCAUUUUUUGAGAGUUUCGCAGGGCGAAGAACCUUUUUAUUUGUCGGCUUGCCAGCGCAGCACAAAAUUCGCCUACAAAAGAAACCCUACGGCAGAGUGACCCAGAGAGUCCGGUUGGAUUUAGUCCUCGAGCAUUGUCAAAUUUAAUGAAGGUUUCCUUUUUUGGACUUUGUGCUUAUGACACUGGCCAGCUGGCCAAGAUUUAGGAAGUUUCCAGUCGAGGGACAAGCAACUGAAAUGAGUUAAUUCGAUAUUUGACACUUUCGGAGCUCGCAUUCCACACAAUCUCGGUAUGUGUGAUGGGUUCCAGGGCUCCCGAGACCACGGAGACCCCGGACUUUUGUCUCCUGCGCAGUUAAUAAAGUUGGCCCGGACCAGGACGUAAUUAUUUGCCUGCUAAAUGGCUUUUGGACGACAUUUCGGGGCAGUAAAUGGGGGCGAUUUAGAAAAUUAUGUGAAAAUAAGUUGCCUUUUGUUUGGCCAUUGGCCAUAGGCAGUUGGCAGUUGGCCGUUGGCGGUUGUUGCGGAUCGUAAAUAACGUUCAUAAUUGGGCAGACUCGAAAAGUUGUGGGGCAAAGGCAAACAGAACUCGAAAUAAACAUCUCGGCCGUAUGGAUAGCAAACAAUAAUUAAACUUAAUUGCGCUGUACAUUGAAACGUCAAACUGUAAAUUAUAGUUAUUAACAUUUACUUGUAGUGGAGUUUACUUGAACUAAACUUUUCAAUUUCGAAUAUUGCAUGUACAAUUUCCAUAGAAUAUGUAUUUAAAACUUAUCAAAACAAAGUGGAUUAAAACCAAAAUGGAACAAAGCGACAGCCAGGAAAAUACAAUUCGAGUAACGUUAAUAUUUGCAUUUAAUUUGUCGAAAAUCAAAGUAAAAUGCGAUAAAAAACCCACAAUAAAAAUAAAAACUAAUUGCCAAAUAUUUGACGUACAGUUUGUAGCGUUAGCCAUUAAAACCUUUAUAUGUACGGUUACAUAUGGAUACACAUAUAGAAACAAGGAAAUGCGAAAAGUGAGAUACGACUAGCCCAAAGCCGAGCAAAUAAUUAUUAAACAAAUACUUCUAUUUACAAAAACACAGCAAAUAUUUGGUUAAGCCAAAAUGACGCGCAGCAUUUUAAUUAAACAACAGAAAAUCGAGAGCUCAGAAACAGAUGCAAAAUGCAAAACAUUCAAUAAGUAAAGGUAAACAAUAGUUGCAGCAUAAUUUUCCGUGUGUAUUUGUAAAUAGACAACUAAAACCAAAUAUGAAAGUAUAGAAAAAAAAACCUGGAACAAAGCAGCCAAUCAACAAAAAAUAUUCGAUAAAGAAAAUAUUUGCUGGAGGACAGUUCCAAAAAUAUAUACAUACAUAUGAAAUUAGUAUUAGAUUUAAUGUUGCCAAAAUCGGAGCAACAAGGGUUGAUAGAAAAAAACUAAAGGAAUGUAUGAAGAUUAAAAAUAACAAUAGCAUUAAGUAAAAUGUAUUAUUGAUAUAGCAAAUAUGGAUAGCAAUUAAAAUUGUAAAGAUAACAUGGCAAACAUUUUAUGAAAUCUUCUUGAAAACCAAAACAAUUUUAAUGCAAACAGGAAACCGAAAAAAAUGUGAAAAUAAAUUGAGAAAUUUAAUUUGAAAGAGUAAAAUCACUACUGUA